CACGCACACACACACACACACUCACACACACACACACACACACAUAUAUACGAUUUACAUGAGGUCUGAGUGGACACUGCAAGGAGGACCCACGAUAACAUGAAGAUUAAGAGCUAAAGUGGAGGUUUUAACAUUUAAAAGAACCACUUUAGGGGAAAUAAGUCAACGCAGGAACACUUCGGACCGUUUCAGAGUGACUGAAUUAGACCAGGUGCUUUUAUUUACUUUUCCUCGAGCGUCAGGUUCACUGUAGUUCGGUGGAAGUGUGUGGAGACGUGACGGUGGAUAAUGUUUCAGCUGAAGUGGACCGUCCUGCUGCUCAUCCUCGACCUCCUGACCUCCUCUACACCUAUGCAUCUUCAUAAUCACAGGCCGAGUUUACAGGACUCCAUGUCAUCAGAGAGCAGCGACUCCACUGACAGUGCAGAAACGGAUGAACAGGUUUCCUCUGCUGCCCCUCAGCUGAUUGGUGAAAGUUCUUACACCUCAGAAAGUGACAUCAUAGUGAGAGCGCCCGCAGACUUCGGACGGCCCAAUGAGAACGGCCGCAGCGCUGUUACUGUCAGCUUACGGGACGAGAACACCAACGUCUCGGUGGACGUUCUGACCUUCGUCUUCACCACGGAGAGCGUGGACGGCCGGAGCAGCGCGGCGGAUGAAAGCAGCGGACUCGGCGAUGAAGGAAUGCAGGCUGAUGAGUCCACAAUGACUCGACUCGGUGUAACUGAUGAGAAAAACAGCAGAUCAGAUAUUGUUGAUGGAGAGAAUAAAAUGGGUUUUGACAGCAGUGAAUCCUCACCAAACACCUCAGCGAUUGAAGAUAAAGUCAACACAGCCUCAGUAAUUUAUCCUCCAGACCAAGUAACGACAUAUUUUAACAGCAUUGAAGCUCUACAGAAGGAAAUGGAUGAGCUCAGUGAUGAUAUCCAGGCUGAUGAAGCUUUUAUAGCUGUACCACAUUCUGGUAAAGCCCGUGAGGAAAGGUCUGGUGUUGCCUCAAAUGGUGAGGCAAAGCAAGCCAGUGAAAGCAGCAUGAGUCCCAAACCCUUCUACGCAACUGACCAUAGGUUUGACCUAAAUUCUGAGGUAACAUACCAGGACAAUUCAACAGUCCUUGACUCUACUGAGUCAAACUCCAGCUUAGAAGACAUAGAUGCCUCAAACCCAACUGAUUCUGGAUCAGAUAACCACUACAACAGCCCCACAGAGGACCAGACUCUGAGCAAAUCCCUUGAUGACCCUCAAUCAGACAGUGUAGAACUUUCCACCAUACUCAUCACUGCCCUUCACUCUCUCCUAGGAGACCUUACUGGUCUGAGAUCUAUUCCUGCUCCUCUAAACCUACAGUCUCUGACCAGCAGGGAGGACACCGCUUCAAGGGAAGCGAAGGGCAAAGGAGCUGAGCCUGGAUCAGAUUCCAUAGAUAAUCAGAAUGUUCACUCACAUUCAAGCCCCACUUCAGGUUCUUGGACAUUCCAGACAGUCUCACCAAUCAGCUCCAGCUCUGAAGAGGAAGAAGGUGAUGAGGAUAAAUCCUCUGUCACUGAUGCAACACCCAGCCAUACUGUAAGUCCAGUGCCUAGUCCAGAGCCCAUGGUGGUAAAGAAGGGUCCUCCAAAGUCUUUCUCCUCAGGUCCGAUAUAUGUCAAUGAUGGCUGGCCAGCUUCUGACUACUCCAACUCUUUGAACGAUUUCAGGCACCACUAUGCAGAGUACGAAGAAUGGGAUCACACAGACAAUUCUAUCAAAUCACACCACCCUGGAACACCAACAGACACAAAUACAUAUCACGAAACAGACGAACAAGAUCUGGAACAGGGUCCAACAGAAGAAAACAGUCCAGCAUAUUCAGGCGAGGCAACAGAGAACAAGGACCUUCCUACAGAGGUCUCAAGAAGUGAGGACAACUCACAAGAUGAAGAACAGCUCGAGAUGGUGUCUGGUUCUCCAGCAUCCAGGGAAGAUGUUAACUCUAGUUCCAGCGAGACCAGCAGAGAAACAGCCAAGCAGCUUCCCAAAGCUCCAGAAGCAUCUCCCACUGGUGCUGGACCUACCUUGUCUAACAGUCAGGAGAGCACAGAAACCAGUGAAAAGGGAGCCAUAACAGUGAGUUCCAGUAGUGAGGAAAGUGUUGAAAUGGACUCAGUUGAUGACCAGAGUUUAGCACCAGUGGGCUCCAACAGCACAGAGAGCCAGAACAAGACGGACACUCCUGACUGGCCAGGAAAACAGUUAGCCCCUGACACAGAUGCUCAGCUUGUGGUGCAGGUUAGUCCUGACAUUCAGGCAGCUACUGCUUCGGACAGACAAGGCAAACCUGUAGAUCUUACACCUGGAUCAAGCUCAGAGGAAGAGUUGGAUCCAGUUUCAACAGGUGUGAUCUUCAGCCGUGCACCCACGUCCAGUGAGGAGCAGGUGUCUCGAGCAAAUGUAGACAACAGUACUGAAAUAGUCUCAACUUCCAAUGAAGAAGAUGCUAAUUCUAGUUUGAACCCUGCUAUCCCAGGCAACUCCAGCUCAGAAGACAAUCCAAAUGAAGAAUCGUUUUCAAAUGAAACCACUGACAGCCCAGGAACCAGUGUGGAGUCGACUCCGGAAUUGACUCUUAGCCAUGAGUCACUGGACAUCACCACAGAGCACCCAACGGUCAACUCAGAAUCAGUCUCCAUAAGUGCUUCCCUUGUUAGCGAUGAGGAUCUGUCCAGUGAGAUUAGCACACCGAGUCCAAGCGCAGACCCCCAGAUCAGUGGGGGCUCAGCUAAUAGUGCAGGGCUAGCUGCAGUGGAUGCUAAUGCUAAUGAUGCUAACAACAGCGAGGAGUCUCAGGAAUCGCAAGACCUUACCUCGUCCACAGUUCCUCCUGUCGCUAGCAGCCCCAGCCGAGCUCCACGUACUGAAAAGAGCAGUGAAGAAGAUGACAAACAGGACAGGAAGUCAGACCAGGUGAUGGCCAGUCGUUUCCAUAGCAACCCCAGGCCUACAGCCACACCUCAGGAAACAGCGGCCAAUCCCUGGACAGCUUUUCUUCAAGCCCUGAAAACACACGUGACCAAUCGAAGCGUGCAACAUGCUGACCACAAAGGCCAGAGAUCAUGGAGUAACUAUGGUCACCAUAGCAACAGAGGAAAGAAAUCAAGCAGCAGUGAGGAGAGCAAAUGAGGGACUUUCACAUGAGGGUUAUCACAGUACAGUACAGUGCCGUAAACCGCCUUUACCACUUGGCGUCUCACAGCAACACUGACUUUUACUUUUUGGUGGUAUUUAUACGAGUUCACAGCAAUGUUUGUCUUUUCUCUGGGUGCUUCAGGUUGUU